ACAAUAAAAUCAACAAGUGAUAUGAAUAUUCCAAUUUACCCCUGGGCACGGCACAUCUUCCAAUUUCUCUCAUCAAAACUUUAAACCCUUCCAAAACCUGUUUAGCCCUCUUUUUGUCUUCGCAUCAACUUUUUUUUUCCCCCUCUCUGUCUCUCCGAAUCCAAUCAUGUCAAAAACGCUGAAGCUAAUAAAAACCAACGCUUCCAAACACACUUUUUGGAUCGUGGCGGGAAUAACAGUGGCCGGAAUCAUAGUUCUGGCGGAGACCAGUAGAAGAAGGAGGAAAGCGAUGAUCAUCAAAAGGGAAGAUUUCGGCGCUUUUUUGGAACGCUUCGAGUUGCUUCCUUUCCCUCAGCCGCCACCUCCCGCCGCCAAACUUCCACUAUCGGGUCUUACGUUUGCAAUCAAAGACAUAUUUGAUGUGAAGGGUCACGUAACGGGUUUUGGGAAUCCCGAUUGGCAGAGAACACACGAGCCAGCUGAUAAGACAGCGGUGGUGGUUACUGCUUUGUUAAAAAACGGGGCUAAAUGUGUCGGCAAGACAGUUAUGGACGAACUGGCUUUUGGAAUAACGGGGGAAAAUAAGCAUUAUGGAACACCUAUAAAUCCAAACAUGCCGUCAAAUGUUCCAGGAGGUUCGUCAAGUGGUUCUGCUGUGGCAGUUGCAGCUAAACUUGUGGACUUUGCUCUCGGUACUGAUACAAUUGGCUGCGUGAGAAUUCCGGCCUCAUUCUGUGGUAUUCUUGGGUUCCGCCCAUCUCAUGGAGCUGUAUCUACGAUUGGACUUCUUCCUAAUUCUCAAAGUUUGGAUGCUAUUGGAUGGUUUGCUCGUGAUCCAUCUAUUUUACAUCGUGUUGGGCAUGUUUUGCUUCAACUAAAAGCAGUGGAACCUAGGAAGGCAAGACGCCUUGUGUUUGCCGAUGAUCUAUUCCAGCUCUCAAAGGUUCCCAAGCAAAAGACAGUGUAUGUUGUUGGCAAAGCAAUUGAAAAGCUUUCUGGCUACCAGCCUCCAAAACAUAUCAAUUUUGCUCAGUAUAUUGCUUCAAAUGUACCCAGUCUAAAAGGUUUUUGUCAGCAUUCCACAAACAUGCCAAAUGGAAUUUCUACUUUGAAAGCUCUUUCAUCAGUGAUGGUAUCAUUACAAAGAUAUGAGUUCAAAACAAACCAUGAAGAAUGGGUUAAAGAUGUCAAACCAAGACAAGGGCCUGAGAUCUAUCAUUGUGUUCUUGCAGCAAUCAACACUACAUAUGAGAAUGUGAAAACUUUAUACAAAGUCAAGGCUGAGAUGAGAGCUGCUCUGCAAAGUCUUCUAAAGGAUGAUGGAAUAUUAGUGAUUCCCACAAUUGCAGAUCCUCCACUAAAGCUGAAUUCAAAGAAAUGGUAUUCCAAUGAGUUUCGCGAUAGAGCAUUUGCAUUAUUGAGCAUUGCUAGCAUGUCUGGGGGCUGUCAGGUUUCUGUUCCAUUAGGAAAGGAUGAAGGUUUUCCUGUGUCUGUUUCAUUUAUCACAUACCAUGGAGCGGAUAAAUUUCUUCUUGAUACUGUUUUGGAUAUGUACACAUCUCUGCAAGACCAAGUCAGUAUUGCAUCCAAUUCAGCACCAUUGCCUGAUGUCAAUGGUAUUAUGGAUGCUUCCGAACUCUUGAAGGAAAAGGGAAAUGCUGCAUUCAAGGGAAUGCAAUGGAAUAAGGCUGUCAAGUACUAUAGUGAAGCUAUUAAGUUCAAUGGGACAAAUGCAACAUACUAUAACAACCGGGCAGCAGCUUACUUGGAACUAGGAUGCUUCCAACAAGCUGAAGAAGAUUGCAGUAAGGCAAUAUCACUUGACAAAAAGAAUGUGAAGGCAUAUCUGAGACGUGGGACUGCCAGAGAAUCACUACUCUGUUAUAAAGAGGCUCUUGAAGAUUUCAAACACGCUCUGGUUCUAGAGCCACAAAAUAAAGUGGCUAGCCUUGCAGAAAGAAGACUAAGAAAACUGAUUAGUUGAUUUUCCCCUGCUCUCCUUACAUCUUGUCUAACAAAUAUGACAAACAUUGAAGGAAGAUACAUGCAGAAUCCUCGCGCAAUGUCAGCCCUUUGGAUAAAAGGGAAAAUAAAAAUAAAGCUCGCUGUUUAUAGGGUGCUCCAUUUUUUUUGCUUGGCAUACUCCCCUGCUGUACUUACGUCUUUGUCUAACAAAUAAUUUGUUGAUAUGUCUCGUUUCAAUAGCUAUGAGGAGGUUUUAAAAAUUAUUUAAAAUAUCUCGAGUUGGGCUCUAUUUUUUUAAUU